AUGGAGAUCGCAGCCAAAAUUGGAGGCGAUGCUGCUACAACAGUGAAUAACAGCACUCCUGACUUCGGUUUUGGGGGCCAAAAGAGGCAAUUGGAAGAUGGAGACCAACCGGAGAGCAAGAAACUGGCCUCUCAGGGAGACUCCAUCAGUUCUCAACUUGGACCCAUCCAUCCUCCCCCCAGGACUUCAAUGACAGAGGAGUACAGGGUCCCAGACGGCAUGGUAGGACUAAUCAUUGGCAGAGGAGGUGAACAGAUUAAUAAAAUCCAGCAAGAUUCAGGCUGCAAAGUCCAGAUCUCUCCAGACAGUGGUGGCCUCCCUGAGCGCAGUGUGUCCUUGACAGGAGCCCCAGAAUCUGUCCAGAAAGCAAAGAUGAUGCUGGAUGACAUUGUCUCUCGGGGUCGUGGGGGACCCCCAGGACAGUUCCAUGACAACUCCAAUGGGGGCCAGAAUGGCACAGUGCAGGAGAUUAUGAUCCCCGCGGGGAAGGCUGGCCUUGUCAUCGGGAAAGGCGGGGAGACCAUUAAACAGCUACAGGAACGUGCUGGAGUAAAGAUGAUUUUAAUUCAAGAUGGUUCCCAGAAUACAAAUGUUGACAAGCCCCUUCGGAUCAUUGGAGAUCCUUACAAAGUGCAGCAAGCCUGUGAGAUGGUGAUGGACAUCCUUCGGGAGCGUGACCAGGGCGGCUUUGGGGACCGGAAUGAGUAUGGAUCCCGGAUUGGCGGGGGAAUUGAUGUGCCAGUGCCUAGGCAUUCUGUUGGCGUGGUUAUUGGCCGGAGCGGAGAGAUGAUUAAGAAGAUCCAGAAUGAUGCUGGUGUGCGGAUCCAGUUUAAACAAGAUGAUGGGACAGGUCCUGAGAAGAUAGCUCACAUAAUGGGGCCCCCAGACCGGUGCGAGCAUGCGGCGCGGAUUAUCAAUGACCUCCUCCAGAGCCUUAGGAGUGGUCCCCCAGGUCCUCCAGGGGGUCCUGGCAUGCCCCCAGGGGGCCGUGGCCGAGGAAGGGGUCAAGGCAACUGGGGCCCGCCUGGUGGGGAGAUGACCUUCUCCAUCCCCACUCACAAGUGUGGGCUAGUCAUCGGCCGAGGUGGCGAGAACGUGAAAGCCAUAAACCAGCAGACGGGCGCCUUCGUAGAGAUCUCCCGGCAAUUGCCGCCCAAUGGGGACCCCAACUUUAAACUGUUUAUUAUCCGGGGCUCGCCCCAGCAGAUUGAUCACGCCAAGCAGCUCAUCGAGGAGAAGAUUGAGGGUCCCCUCUGUCCAGUUGGACCAGGCCCAGGAGGACCAGGCCCUGCCGGCCCCAUGGGACCCUUCAAUCCUGGGCCCUUCAAUCAGGGGCCACCAGGGGCUCCCCCUCAUGCUGGGGGUCCCCCUCCUCACCAGUACCCACCCCAGGGCUGGGGCAAUACCUACCCCCAGUGGCAACCACCUGCUCCUCAUGACCCGAAUAAAGCCGCUGCAGCCGCCGCAGACCCCAACGCAGCCUGGGCUGCCUACUACUCACACUACUACCAGCAGCCCCCAGGCCCCGUGCCCGGCCCCGCACCUGCACCCGCAGCUCCACCUGCCCAGGGCGAGCCCCCUCAGCCCCCACCUGCUGGCCAGUCAGACUACACUAAGGCCUGGGAAGAGUAUUACAAAAAGAUCGGCCAGCAGCCCCAGCAGCCUGGAGCUCCCCCACAGCAGGACUACACAAAGGCCUGGGAGGAGUACUACAAGAAGCAAGCUCAAGUGGCCACUGGAGGGGGUCCAGGAGCUCCCCCAGGCUCCCAGCCGGACUAUAGUGCCGCCUGGGCUGAAUACUACCGACAGCAAGCCGCUUACUACGGACAGACCCCAGGUCCUGGUGGCCCCCAGCCUCCACCCACACAACAGGGACAGCAGCAGGCAAGUGGGAAUUGCCACCCUCCUCCUCCUCCUUUUUCCUUCCAACCCCCAGCCACCGUCCAUCCUGCCUUAGUGGGUAGCGCCGGAAAUCCCUUCCCCUGCGGGGUGUGUCCUUGAUGCCUGCAGCGGGGGCCGUGUGGCUGGAGGUCUCCGGGAGUCCCCAUGAGCCAGGGGAAGUGUGCGCUGGGUCCAGAGGUUAAAGAAGAGGCCUCCCUCCGCCGGCUCGCUUGUUCCUGUGUAAUGCUGUCGUGAUGCUGGGGGCGAGUGCGAGACAGAUAAAAGGUGGAACUGUUGAACUGGUGGGUAGUCCUGGGGGUGGGGGCAGCCCGGGCACUGCACUUUGGUCACCAUCCUGGCUGCUAACUCAAAAUCUGGCCACUUGGGAAGAAAAUGGAUAUUUUUUCCCCUCUGCAUUACUUUUUUGGCUUUUGUUCUUUUUGUUUUUAAACCCAUGGUCUUCUCCCCGACGGUGUCCAAGUGACUGUUUGCAGGCAGCCCCAGUGUGGGGUGGCCCUGGCUCCGGCAGGGAUGCAGGAAGCCUGCAAAGGGGCUCGGCCCCUUGGGCUCAGCCUCUGCUGUCACGCCCGUGUCUGUGUCCCGGUCUUGUCUGUGAAGUGGGCAUGAUGAUCGCUGCCACGUUCCAACCUACCUCACAGGGGUGUUGUGGGGACACCGUGAUCUCUGAGAUUGUUCAUGUUGUGAUGCGCCGGGAGCCACCCACCACCUUCUCCCUUGCAGACCCUGACUUCGCUUCUCUUUCUCCCGCGGCCCCUGCUUCUCUCCUUCUUGCCUUUGUGUCGCUCUUUCUCCUCCUCCAUCAAGGAGCCAGUCUGACUUCAGCUGAGUCCCUGGAGCACUUGACUAGACAGUUACAGACACAUCCUGCUAGCCAUUGGCUUGGGAGAGGGGCUUCCUGGCCCCCUCCGUACUAUCCCCCAGUCUUCCGCCUCUGCCUCCCCCUCCCCGUAGUGACCAAUUCCUAUCUCUUCCCUCUCCGCAGGCUCAAUGAAUCGAAUGAAUGUGAACUUCUUCAUCUGUGAAAAUUCUUUUAUUAUUUGUUCUGUUUGGGGCUUAUUUUCUGGUUUUUGCUUCUUUUUUUUUUCCCUCCAUUUGUUAGGCGAGAGAGCGAUGGCUGACAUGGGGGUAGGGUGCAGGGGAGCCCUCUCUGAGUGGCUUGGAGGUCAUGCCCGGCUCUCACUCUCUCGCCCAUUCUGUGUCUCACAUUCUUUCUUUUUCUUUCAAAACUGGGAUCCUUCAUGUUGAGCCAGCCAUAGAAGAUAGCGAGAAUUAAAUCUCUGCCAAAAAAAAAAAUUUUCUUUAA